CCGGGACUGAAAAUGGCGGCAGUAGGCAGCCCAGGUUCGCUUGAGUCCGCUCCACGAAUAAUGCGGCUGGUCGCUGAGUGCAGUCGCUCCGGAGCUCGGGCGGGUGAGCUGCGGCUGCCGCAUGGAACGGUAGCCACCCCUGUGUUCAUGCCUGUGGGUACACAGGCCACCAUGAAGGGUAUCACCGCGGAGCAGCUGGAUACCCUGGGCUGCCGCAUCUGCUUGGGCAACACCUACCAUCUGGGGCUGAGGCCGGGUCCGGAGCUGAUCCGGAAAGCCCAGGGUCUUCAUGGCUUCAUGAAUUGGCCCCACAAUCUGCUAACGGAUAGCGGCGGCUUCCAGAUGGUGUCCCUCUUCUCCCUGUCCGAGGUGACGGAGGAGGGCGUCCACUUCCGCUCGCCCUACGAUGGAGAAGAGACACUUUUGAGCCCAGAGAGGUCGGUGGAAAUCCAGAAUGCUCUGGGCUCGGACAUCAUCAUGCAGUUGGACCAUGUGGUGAGCAGCACAGUGACAGGCCCUCUAGUGGAGGAGGCCAUGCACAGGUCAGUCCGCUGGCUGGACAGAUGCAUCGCAGCCCAUAAGCACCAGGACAAGCAGAACCUCUUUGCCAUCAUCCAGGGUGGACUGAAUGCUGAUCUUCGGACCACUUGCCUGAAAGAGAUGACCAAGAGAGAUGUGCCGGGCUUCGCCAUCGGAGGUCUGAGUGGAGGAGAGAGCAAGGCGCAGUUCUGGAAGAUGGUGGCAUUGAGCACCUCCAUGCUGCCUAAGGACAAGCCACGAUACCUGAUGGGGGUUGGCUAUGCCACCGAUUUGGUGGUCUGCGUGGCUCUUGGAUGUGACAUGUUCGACUGUGUGUACCCCACACGGACAGCGCGCUUUGGAUCCGCCCUUGUGCCCACUGGGAACCUUCAGUUGAAGAAGAAGCAGUAUGCCAAGGAUUUCAGUCCCAUAAACCCUGAGUGUCCCUGUCCCACCUGCCAGACGCACAGCCGAGCCUUCCUGCAUGCCCUGCUACACAGUGACAACACUACAGCGCUACACCACCUAACCGUGCACAACAUUGCCUAUCAGCUGCAGCUCCUGAGUGCCGUGCGCAGCAGUAUCUUGGAACAGCGCUUUCCUGACUUUGUACGAAACUUCAUGCGCACCAUGUAUGGUGACCACAGCCUCUGUCCUGCCUGGGCCAUUGAAGCACUGGCCUCUGUGGGAGUCACGCUCACAUGACCUGGUUGCUGGGGAAGGACACUGGGGUAUGGGGAAUUCUGAAGGAUUCUUUUUUAUAAAAGAUUUUGUUACUACUUUUUGUUUUCA